AUGUCGACCCAGGACACCUCUGAACCAAUUCAAGACUCCACCCACCCUAAAACAGUGCUUUCCAAUGAGCAGAGAAGAUUCCUUGACAGUGCGCUACGUGUAAACCAGGCUGGCGAGCUUGCUGCUACCCUCAUCUACACCGCUCAGGCACCACCUGUUGUCAAAGCCUACCCACAUCUCCGUCCACUCAUGAAACACAUGUAUGAUCAGGAAGCCGGACAUUUCAAAAUCUUCAAUGAACUUCUCGCGAAACACCGCAUCCGACCGACAGCAAUGUAUCCAGUCUGGCAAGUGGCAGCAACUGUCCUGGGAUGGACUACAGGAAUGAUGGGAAGAGAGGCUGCGAUGGCGUGUACAGAGGCAGUGGAGACAGAGAUUGGGAACCAUUACAACGGCCAAGUGCGGGAGCUUUUCAAGUGGAUGACUGAAUUGAAAGAGAAAGGAGAGGAGCUUGAUCCCGAAUUGAAGGUCUUGAUUGAGGAAAUCAAACGAAUACGUGAUGAGGAGCUUGAGCAUCUGGAUUAUGCCGUCGAGAAUGAUGCGAAAGAGGCACAGCCAUACCAGCCGCUGACGGAUGUCAUUCGAUAUGGAUGCAGGGGAGCCAUCUGGAUCAGCGAGAGAAUAUGA